ACCGCUGCUGUAUUGCCAAGAUGUUGCUUUCUAACAAGCUCACUCUGGACAAGCUGAACAUGAAAGGGAAGCGGGUCAUCAUGAGAGUGGACUUCAAUGUUCCUAUGAAGAACAACCAGAUAACGAACAACCAGAGGAUCAAGGCAGCCAUCCCAGGCAUCAAGUUCUGCUUGGACAACGGAGCCAAGUCCGUUGUUCUCAUGAGCCACCUGGGUCGGCCCGAUGGUGUCCCCAUGCCUGACAAGUACUCCUUGCAGCUGGUUGCUGUAGAGCUGAAAUCUCUGCUGGGCAAGGAUGUUUUGUUCUUGAAGGACUCCAUGGACCCCAAAGUGGAGAAAGCUUGUGCCAACCCAGCUGCUCGGCCUGUCAUCUUGCUGAAGAACCUUCUCUUUCAUGUGGAGGAAGAAGGGAAGGGAAAAGACGCUUCCAGGAACAAGGUUAAAGCCGAGCCAGCUAAAAUAGAAGCUUUCCAAGCCUCACUUUCGAAGCUGGGGGAUGUCUAUGUCAAUGAUGCGUUUGGCACUGCUCACCGAGCCCACAGCUCUAUGGUGGGAGUCAAUCUGCCGCAGAAAGCUGGAGGUUUUCUGAUGAAGAAGGAGCUGAACUACUUUACCAAGGCCUUGGAAAGCCCAGAGCGACCCUUCCUUGCCAUCCUGGGCAGAGCUAAAGUUGCAGACAAGAUCCAGCUGAUCAAUAACAUGUUGGACAAAGUCAAUGAGAUGAUUAUUGGUGGUGGAAUGGCCUUUAUCUUCCUUAAGGUGCUCAACAACAUGGAGAUUGGCACUUCUCUGUUGGAUGAAGAAGGAGCCAAGAUCGUCAAAGAUCUGAUGUCCAAAGCUGAGAAGAACGGUGUGAAGAUUACCGUGCCGGUUGACUUUGUCACUGCUGACAAGUUUGAUGAGAACGCUAAGACUGGCCAAGCCACCAUAGCCUCUGGCAUACCCGCCGGCUGGAUGGGCUUGGACUGCGGUCCUGAGAGCGGCAAGAAGUACACCGAGGCUGUCGGCAGGGCCAAGCAGAUUGUGUGGAACGGACCUGUGGGUGUAUUUGAAUGGGGCUUUGACCGAGGGACCAAAGCCCUCAUGGACGAGGUGGUGAAAACCUCUUCCAGGGGCUGCAUCACCAUCUUAGGUGCCAAAUGGAACACAGAGGGCAAAGUCAGCCAUGUCAGCACUGGAGGUGGUGCCAGUUUGGAGCUCCUGAAAGGUAAAGUCCUUCCUGGGGUGGAUGCCCUCAGCAAUGUUUAGUACUUUUCCUGCCUUUUGGUUCCUGUGUGCAUCCCCUAACUCUACUUAGUGCUUUCCAUAUCUCUACUUGGUAUUAGCUAAAAUCUUCCCACAUGUCAAGAUUCAGCUAGUGGCCAAGAGAUGCAGCCCAAGAACACUUAACGCAGUUGCACAGCAACCUGUCAGCUCAUCUUUACUGCACCCUGGAUUUGACUACAUU